AUGCAGAUGGUCCAGGAUCUGUCCAGUCUGCACCCAGACUGCGAGUAUAUAUUACAGCUGGAGAGAGAGGAGCGGCAUUGUCUUCAAUACAUCGCAGAGCAUGACAACAACCACAGUACACUAGGUUGUCUACCGUUCUGGGACUCUGUGGUGUGCUGGCCAUAUGCUGCAGUUGGGGAGAUGAUCAACACAACCUGUCCUGCUGUCUUCUCUUUUUGGGGGAAUAACACAGGUGCAGUCAGCAGAAACUGCACCAGCAUCAGAUGGUCGCGACCCUUCCCCCCGUACCACACAGCCUGUAGUGUGGGCGACGACGUUCCCAUUCCAGAGGAUUCCUACUUUGCCACUGUCAAGCUGAUCUACACCAUCGGCUACGGCACCUCCCUGGUCUUCCUCUUCAUCGCCGUGGUGAUCCUAUUGCUCUUCAGGAGGCUUCACUGUGCAAGGAACUAUAUUCACAUCCAGCUGUUUGUCACCUUCAUGCUAAAGUCGGUGGCUGUGUUCAUCAAGGACGCCACACUAUUCGCCAGCGACGACACCAACCACUGCACCCUCUCCACCGCAGCCUGUAAGGCAUCAGUGGCCUUCUGUCACUACUGUGUCAUGACUAACUUCUUCUGGCUCCUGGUUGAGGCCCUCUACCUCAACUCACUGCUCCUCUCCUCCUUCCACCACUACCGUCGUUGCCUCUGGGGCUUUGGCCUGCUGGGCUGGGGUGUACCCAUCAUCUUCACAGUCAUAUGGAUUGGAUCCAGGGUGUAUUUUGAGGAUACUGAAUGCUGGGACAUCAAUGAGGACUCCCCCUAUUGGUGGAUCGUAAAAGGGCCAAUUGUUGUUUCUAUCGGGGUCAAUUUCAUCCUUUUUCUGAACAUCAUCAAAAUCCUGAUACAGAAACUGAACCCUCGUCUGAUCCAGUUCAAUAACUCCGACAACUACAGACGGCUGACUAAGUCAACCCUGCUCCUCAUCCCCCUCUUCGGGACCCCCUACAUGGUGUUCAACUUCCUACCUGACUACUUCAAUAUUAGCGUGCGCCUCUGGUUCGAGCUCUGCAUGGGGUCCUUUCAGGGGCUGAUAGUAGCGAUCCUCUACUGCUUUCUCAAUCAAGAGGUCCAAAAGGAAAUCCAUAUGAGGUGGCUGAGGUGGCAGGAUAACAGCAACGGAGUGGUUCUGCCCGGUGCCAAGGGAAGUCAGAUGGACACACAUUUCUAGGGCCACAUUCUUCAUCCACCUCCUCCUUUCUCCAACCUCUAUAUGUGUGUCUUUCAGCGGGGUUGGAAUAAACCAGAAGUUUUCAUUGGACAACGGUCAUAUUCUUCUUCUAAUUCCUGUGGCCUCCACACAUUGCUUCUAGAUUUUUAGAAGGAGAGGGUGCUGUACAUUGUGUCCCUAAAGCAUACAAUGUCCUCUCUUCCCAUCAUCACAAUCUCAUUGCUGAAGGGACCACCACUGGGUUCAUCCAUUGUGUCCAGCUCAAGAUGAACUGUUGCAGCACUGUGAAAUGCCCUUCCUCCUCCUCUUUCUCCUCUUCAGUAUCAUCUAUGGUUAAGUUACAGAGAAGCCUGUCUCUGAGGUACUAUAACAUCAAGGAUUGUAUCCCAAUUCGUAUUGGGACAGCAAAUCAAGUGUUGAUGUUUGUUUUUUUAACAAAACAAAGUUCAAAAAUCAUUUAGACUGGAAAAUAGAGGGUUUUAUGUAUCAAACGUGUGCCUGUUUUUCAUGCUUUAUGGAAAUAUUGUCUUGUAGCUUUCUCUCCAUGUUUCAGUGCCUCUGUGUGUGUUUUGCUCUCUCUCUUUCUCUUUGUGUUUAGCUCUCUCUCUUUCUCUCUGUGUGUUUAGCUCUCUCUCUUUCUCUGUGUUUAUCUCUCUCUCUUUCUCUGUGUUUAGCUCUCUCUCUUUCUCUGUGUUUAGCUCUCUCUCUUUCUCUCUGUGUGUUUAGCUCUCUCUCUUUCUCUGUGUUUAGCUCUCUCUCUUUCUCUUUGUGUUUAGCUCUCUCUCUUUCUCUUUGUGUUUAGCUCUCUCUCUUUCUCUCUGUGUGUUUAGCUCUCUCUCUUUCUCUGUGUUUAGCUCUCUCUCUUUCUCUUUGUGUUUAGCUCUCUCUCUUUCUCUCUGUGUGUUUAGCUCUCUCUUUCUCUGUGUGUGUUUUGCUCUCUCUCUUUCUCUGUGUGUGUUUAGCUCUCUCACUUUCUCUCUGUGUGUUUAGCUCUCUCUUUCUCUAUGUGUGUUUUGCUCUCUCUCUUUCUCUGUGUGUGUUUAGCUCUCUCUCUUUCUCUGUGUUUAGCUCUCUCUCUUUCUCUGUGUUUUGCUCUCUCUCUUUCUCUGUGUUUAGCUCUCUCUCUUUCUCUGAGUGUGUUUAACUCUCUCUUUCUCUGUGUGUUUUGCUCUCUCUCUUUCUCUGUGUGUGUUUAGCUCUCUCUCUUUCUCUGUGUUUAGCUCUCUCUCUUUCUCUGUGUUUAGCUCUCUCUCUUUCUCUGUGUUUUGCUCUCUCUCUUUCUCUGUGUUUAGCUCUCUCUCUUUCUCUGUGUUUUGCUCUCUCUCUUUCUCUGUGUUUAGCUCUCUCUCUUUCUCUGAGUGUGUUUAGCUCUCUCUCUCUUUCUCUGUGUGUUUUGCUCUCUCUCUUUCUCUCUCUGUGUUUAGCUCUCUCUCUUUCUCUGUGUUUAGCUCUCUCUCUUUCUCUGUGUUUAGCUCUCUCUCUUUCUCUGUGUUUAGCUCUCUCUCUUUCUCUGUGUGUGUUUUGCUCUCUCUCUUUCUCUGUGUUUAGCUCUCUCUUUUUCUCUGUGUGUGUUUAGCUCUCUCUCUUUCUCUGUGUGUUUUGCUCUCUCUCUUUCUCUCUGUGUGUUUUGCUCUCUCUCUCUUUCUCUGUGUUUAGCUCUCUCUCUUUCUCUGUGUGUUUUGCUCUCUCUCUUUCUCUCUGUGUGUUUUGCUCUCUCUCUCGUUCUCUGUGUUUAGCUCUCUCUCUUUCUCUGUGUGUGUUUUGCUAUCUCUCUUUCUCUGUGUUUAGCUCUCUCUUUUUCUCUGUGUGUGUUUAGCUCUCUCUCUUUCUCUGUGUGUUUUGCUCUCUCUCUUUCUCUCUGUGUGUUUUGCUCUCUCUCUUUCUCUCUGUGUGUUUUGCUUUCUCUCUCUUUCUCUGUGUUUAGCUCUCUCUCUUUCUCUGUGUGUGUUUUGCUAUCUCUCUUUCUCUGUGUUUAGCUCUCUCUCUUUCUCUGUGUGUGUUUUGCUAUCUCUCUUUCUCUGUGUUUAGCUCUCUCUCUUUCUCUCUGUGUGUUUUGCUCUCUCUCUCUUUCUCUGUGUUUAGCUCUCUCUCUUUCUCUGUGUGUGUUUAGCUCUCUCUCUUUCUCUCUGUGUGUUUUGCUCAAUCUCUUUCUCUGUGUGUGUUUAGCUCUCUCUCUUUCUCUGUGUGUGUUUUGCUCUCUCUCUUUCUUUGUGUGUGUGCGUGUGUGCGCAUGCAUGCAUGAAUGCGUGUGUGUGUGUAUGCUUCCAUGUCCUAUUAUCCAAUGCUUUAGAUUCUGAAUACAGUAUUAGGUCCCCUGGAGGCCCUUUCAUUAGGCUUCUUGUGGCUAUUGAUGGGUAACGUGCAAUGUAUACAGGAGUACUGUGUGUCGAAGACAAUUCUCCCCUGGAGGAUAUUAAAGUUCAUCCUAUCCUUUCCUAUUGGCCGUAAGCAUGAGAAAUACACACAUGUAUGGGCUACAGUACAUCACCACAGGAUAAUUCCUUAGCCUCUAGAAGUGCCAAGAAAUAUGAAAAAAAUAGGACCAAUUCUGUUUGAAUUAAGCUGUGUUAUUUAAUGUGGGCUGAAUGUUCUGUUUGAAUAAAGCUGUGUG